UUUACAAAAAGGAGAGAAAAAGAGAGUGAAAGAGAGAGAAAGAGAAGUGCCUAAUUUUAUGGUUGGAUAUAAAGAGCGGAAGAUUAGACUCACACAUUAUUUUUGUUGAACGUUGUAUAUGUGAGCUGAGCCAAUGAGAUAUUAAGAGAGUGUGAGGUCAUCUCUUGACUUUUGUGAACCCGCAGUUCAGUUCCGACAGAAUCUUCUCCCACACCAUGAGAUCUCCAGAUGAUCUCUUUGACAGGCAUCUGUCCCGACACUAUGGACGAAGAAUUACAUUCAUUCUUAUCUUCCUCUGUGUGACUCGCUCGGAAAGUUUAUUUACAAAGGGAAAAAUAUACACAUAUUCUUAUGAAGCAAUUUCAAAUACCGGAGUUUUUGUACCCUCGAGGGCCUCAUCAUCAUGGGGUCUUGAAGGAAUUUUAUCUAUUAGAGUCGAGGAAAAUUCGGCUCUAUUAAAGCUGGAAUCGUUGAAAAUAAAUUCUUGGAAUGGACCAGGAAAUGAAAAGGGAGACAAUGUCGAUGCGAAUGGAACGGUGGAUGAACUUUUAAAACCAUUUAAAAUUGAUUACAAUAAAAUGGGAUUAAUAGAAAAUUUCAGUAUUGAAACCGAACAAGUUUGGGCGACAAAUAUCAAAAGAAGCAUAGCUGGAGUAUUUCAACUCGAUUUGGAAAAUUUGGAAAAAGAAGUUGCGUUCACUUCGUCGGAGGUGAAUCAUUAUGGCCAGUGUUCGAUUGGAUACGUAGUUACAAAUGAGUCUUUGAGUGAAAAAUUAAUUAGAAAAACGGUGGACCCACGAACUUGUAGGGGACAUCCGCAAAGAAAUUGGAGUAAUGUUCCUCGAAUGCAAUGUCCAAAUGACGAUCAGAAUCCAAUUUUAAAGUCAAGUGAAAGAUUUUAUCAAGUAUCUUACAAUAACAGUGAAAUGACAAUAAAAUUUAUAAAUGCAACCGGUGGAAUUUACGUGCAACCAUUUCAAAGUCUUGGAGAAGCUCAAUAUAUUUUUACACAACAACGUUUUCUACUUUUGUCUGUAAAAGACGUGGACCCGACGGGAACGAAAAUUCCUUCACUUCAAAUAAAACCUCUUCAGCAUGAACUUCCUGACGAGGAUUUAACACAAGGACGCGGAACUGUCGAAAAAGAAACUGUAUAUAAAACGAUUGCAAUUCUUCUCGACCGAUUAAGUCAACGAUUGGAAAAUCCAGGAUUGGAUACAGAAAUUCACAAUCUACAUAAUACAACAAUAUCGGUUCUUCUCUACUAUUUGACAACUUUAAAUCGACAAGAUUUACAAAUCGUUUACAACAACAUUUCUGGAACGAGUUAUAAAGAAGAAACAGUCAGAAACAUGUUUUUGGAAGCUGUGCCACAAAUUGGAACAUCGGAAUCAGCUUUAUUUAUUUUGGAUGUGAUUCAACAGAAAAAAGUUUCAGACAUUACUGCCAUUCAAUUAUUGAGUAAUCUUCCGUUUCAUAUAAGAAAAUUGGAAAUUCAAUUGCUCGUCAAUUUACAGCCAUUAUUGAAUUUUCCCGAUAAAAUUGCUCCCGAGGUGCAAAACACUGGGAUUUUAACUUACGGGACUUUAAUUUAUAAAACUUGUUUGUCGAAUUGUCCAUACGAAAUGCUCGAUGAUUACGUUAAACUCUAUCUCGACAAAUUUACCGAGAGUAAGCAAUAUGAAAAAAAGAUGGUUUGGCUACAAGGAUUGGCGAAUAUUCAAUUGGGAAGAAUUGUCGAAUUUCUCGAGCCAAUUGCAAGUGGAAGUAAAUCAGAAUCAAGACACCUUCGAGUUUCAGCCGCUUGGGCUUCCCUACCAACAGCACCUUUGAGACCUGACGUGAUUUAUCCCGUCUAUUGGCCAAUAUUAAUCAAUCGAACAGAACAUUUAGAAUUGAGAAUUGCGGCUCUCACUUUACUGAUUGUUUCAAAUCCAUCACCAAGUCGAUUGAUUUCACUUUAUUGGUACAUGAAAGGCGAACCUGAUAUGCACCUCUAUAAUUUUUUCUACACAACUCUAAAAUCUAUGGAACGAACGAAUUUUCCCUGUUACGUUCACAUUGGAGGAUUAGCCGCACAAUUUACUCGAAUGUUACCGAAAAUCACGAGAAAUAAAUUCAUUGUGACUGGUAAUUAUCUAUUCGACUAUCAAGAUACGUAUAGACAUUUUGGUGCAAUGAUUCAUGGAAUUAUAAUUGCCAAUCAAUUGACGAAUAUUCCUGAGGUUUUUUAUAUUAAACUAAAUAAUCAUGGAAGUGGAAUUAAUUUGAAUCAUGUUUCGUUGUACAUUAAAGCGGAAGGGUUUUUGCACACAAUGACAACUUAUUUGGACAGUCCAACUCGAGUCUCGGAUAUUUUGAAGGGAUUUAAAAUCAAUAAAAAAAGUCUCACUCCACCACAUUUUGAAAUUAUUGUCAGAGUUCAGGAAAAAGCGGUUCUUUGCUUGCAUUUAAAUCGAACCUCUUUGAUAAAAGCCUUUAAAUAUAUAGACUCCCUGCAACAAAGUACAUUUCAUCUUUAUCAAAAUAUGGAAUUUCACAUAAAUCAACAACGAAUUCACGUUCCUCUAAUAAUGGAAUCAGUGCAAGUCACUGAUUUAGGGACAAAUGCAAGAAUUGCCGCCACUGCAAAUUCUCUCUUUUCUAUGAGGGGAAAUUUCACUCAUGUUCCCAAUUCGCGAAAAAAUCAUGUUAUCGUGAGGACAACAAUUCAUGGAACGCAAGUUAUCGAAAAUUAUAAUCCAUUGACGGAUUUAUGGCACGUGGCAGAACGCGCCCAAUCAGUUCACGCUUAUAUGCCAAUAAAUGUCACAUUUGGACUUCAGGAUAAAUUAUUUGUCUCUUAUAAUACUCUGGAAGAGGGAGUGAAGACUGGAGUGACAGCCCAUGUGCGAACAGUAACGAGCAUUCGUGGAGCAAAAUUAAACAAGAAAUUGAAAAAUAUUUGUCCCGAAUGUACAAGAGAGUUUACAGUGAAGAAAAGUUACACCGAUCCAAUGAAGACGAAAAUUUUGUACGAGGCAAAUAUUCCUGAAUUAGGAGGUCGAAUGAAAAUUCAAGUGUUUGACUGUGAAAAAAUUAUAUCCAAGGAAAAUGUCAUUCAGAAUGUAAUGCUUUCACAUCGCAGUAAUCAUCAAAAAUCACCAAUUAUGCAAUUCAUUUUGAUGGGAAUACAUUACAUUGAUUAUUUUUCGUACGUCCCUCCCAGAGGUAGUUGCGGAAUUUCAGGCCAUUUUGAACCUUCAAGUCUACUUUCUACUGAGGUAAAAAUUGAAUACUCCAGAAGUGAUAAAUAUCAUUUAGUUUCAUUGAAACACAAAGAUUUGAGUUCAUCAAAAAUUCUUCAUCAAUGGGACAUGAAACUUGUUUAUGAUAGUACAAGUUGGAUUUCAGAUUCACUAAAAAUAAAAGCCAGUAGAACUACACCCGGUGAAAAAGUUCUAAAGAUUUGCUUCGAUGGAGAAAGAGAGGUGCCAUGGGAAUGGAAUUUUUUGAGUACAAACGCAAGUAAUCCGUCGUCAAUAAAAAUGAAUGUUGUUUGGGGCUAUGGAGAUUCGGCGAAAGGAAAAUGCACCGGUUCUUCAUUACUAUUAAAAUUAUCAGGAGAAGUAAGUCGUGAGCAAUCAUUCUCCAGUUUAGAGGAUAAAUGGCCAUUUAAUGUUUGUCGAAAGGAAACGGAGGGAAAACAUUUUGUACCCUAUACACAAGCUUGUUACGAAACAUCGAGGGAGUUAUCGACUUUGAGAAAUUAUCAAGCAAAUGUUAAAUUUGAAAAUUUACCUGAAAAUUUAUUAAAGGUUGGAUGGCGAAUACGAGCUUUUUACGAUUUUAUCGGAGGUAACAGUAGCAGUUUAGAUUGGGAUAAAACUAAUGAAUUUUCAAUAAAAGCAAAAUUCCCGGCAAAUUCCGACGAAGGUGAAUUACGUUUAAAUAAUGACAAAAUCGAUAUUGAUUAUAAUGCCGAUAUUAUUGAUUAUUUUCUGGUGAGAACAAGACUUCAUAAAUUCACCGACAAUCCACUUCUUCGUUCUUUCUUCAGUACGUGUAUUUUAAAUAUGAACAUGGUAAGUUCUUCUUACAAUAUUAGCAAUAAACUUGAAAAAAAUCAGGAAAUGCUAAUUUUGGGUCAUUGUUACGACGAAUAUCCGAGACUCACAAUAUCAGCAAUAAAUACCGGCAAUGAUAUUAAUUUAAUUGUAAACGACGAAUCGGACGAUUUAAAAAUAAAGUCAUUUAAAAUGGGAGGCGCUUUGUACAAUCACACGUAUCCAUUAAAAAUUGACAGGAAUUAUCAAUUUGUCUCUCUCGGAGCAAAAUGGGCGAGAUUGGACGAUAAGUUGGUUGAUAUUUUAUUAUCGGAAUUUCAAAUAUUUAUACGCUGGACACAAGAGCAUGUCUUAUUGUUCUAUCCAAAUUUCAUUCAAGAAUUCACUUGCGGCCUUUGCACUGCUCAUCAACCAAAUACUCAAGAUUUAUAUAAAAGAAUUUUGAAUUAGUUCUUAAAAUUUUUUUUAUAAAUUAAAGGUAUUUUUUUUAAAUGGUAAACUUUGUACUUUUAUAUUUAUAAAUAGCAUAAUUGUAAGAAAUAAUUAUAAUU